AGCCUCCCGGAAGUUGCCAGUAGGGAGCUGAGUGCGCUUUUCUGCGCGGCCCCUGGCUGUGCUGCGGUGCAGCUUCGGGCUAGGACCGCCGGCCGGGGAGAGCGUCUGGGUCGGAAAACGGGGCCCGCUUAUUCACUUGCACAGCUCAGAUCGGGACCUGGGGAAGAUGGCGGGACCGCAGCCUCUGGCUCUGCAGCUGGAACAGUUGUUGAAUCCGCGACCGCGCGAGGAAGAUCCUGAAGCCGACACAGAGGAAGCUACAGCUGCCAGAGUGAUUGACAGGUUUGAUGAAGGGGAAGAUGGAGAAGGCGAUUUCUUGGCAGUGGGUAGCAUUAGAAAACGGGCAUCUGCCUUCGUUUUGGACACAGACAAAAGAUAUUCUGGCAAGGCCACCUCUAGGAAAGCGUGGAAGGAAGACUGCUGGGAGCAGACUGUGCCAGGUGUAUCUGACCAGGAAAUAUCUGACAAAGAGGGAUCUGGAGAUGGAGUUUCAGAGGCACUGAGCCUAGAGGAAUCCGAUGCAGGUGACCUGAGUGCUGCCGAGGAGCAGGAUGCUGAUGAUAGUGAAGAGAGCAGCCCAGCCUGGAAGAAGGGCAGAAGCCACUCAGCAAAAGCACCGGGCUUUAGUUUCCAGAGCAUCAGUGACUUUGAAAAAUUUACCGAGGGGAUGGAUGACCUUGGGAGCAGUGAGGAGGAAGAAGAGGAAGAGGAGGAGAGUGGCAUGGAAGAAGGGGAUGGGGACGGUGAGGAAGACUCGGAUGAGGAGAGUGAGGGAGACGGGGCUGCGGCCCGAGACAGGCAGAGUGAAGACGACGGUGUGGUGCUGACCUUCUCCGGUGCCAAGGUUUCAGAGGAAGUGGAGAAGGGAAGAGCUGUGAAGAACCAGAUAGCACUGUGGGACCAGCUCUUAGAAGGAAGGAUCAAACUACAAAAAGCUCUGUUGACCACCAAUCAGCUGCCUCAGCCAGAUGUUUUCCCUGUUUUCAAGGACAAAGGUGGCCCAGAAUUUGCCAGUGCCCUGAAAAACAGUCACAAGGCACUUAAAGCAUUGUUGAGAUCAUUGGUAGAUCUUCAGGAAGAGUUGCUUUUCCAGUACCCAGAUACUAGGUAUCUAGUAGAUGGAACGAAGCCAAAAGAGGAAAGUGAGGAGAUCUCUAGUGAAGAUGAUGAAACAUUAGACAGAAAGCAGAAGAGAAAGGCAGUGCCAAAGAGGAAGCUGGAGAUGGAUGCCUAUCCUGGCUUCAUGGCAAAGCGCUUUGCUGACUUUACCGUCUACAGGAACCGCACGCUGCAGAAAUGGCAUGACAGAACCAAGCUGGCUUCUGGGAAGCUGGGCAAGGCUUUCAGUGCCUUUGAACGCUCAAUCUUGACUCAGAUUGAUCACAUUUUGAUGGACAAAGAAAGAUUACUACGGAGGACACAAACCAAACGCUCUGUCUACCGAGUUCUUGGCAAACCUGAACCAGAAGCUCCGCCUGUUCCGAAGAGUUUGCCAGGAGAACCGGAAAUCCUUCCUCAAAUCUCUGCCAAUGCUCACUUGAAGGACUUGGAUGAAGAAAUCUUUGAUGAUGACGACUUUUACCACCAGCUCCUUCGAGAACUCAUAGAACGGAAGACCAGCUCCUUGGAUCCCAAUGAUCAGCUGGCCAUGGGAAGGCAGUGGCUUGCAAUCCAGAAGCUACGAAGCAAGAUCCACAAGAAAGUAGAUAGAAAAGCCAGCAAAGGAAGGAAACUACGGUUUCACGUCCUUAGCAAGCUCCUGAGCUUCAUGGCACCUAUUGACCAUACGACAAUGAAUGAUGACGCUAGGACAGAGUUGUAUCGAUCUCUUUUUGGGCAGCUCAACCCUCCUGCCACUGGCCACAGGGACUGACGCUGCCCUCCCUUGGCUACAGGACCUCCCAACGCCAUCCCGAUGGAGGCAGCCGUGGCUUGACGGGGACAUCAGUCCUGGGCAAGGUGCUCGCUCACACACGUGCCUUCUCCCUAGUCCUUUCCCCAUCACAAAUAAAGAGUGCUGUCACCACU